AUGGACUCCCCCGCAAAGAGACGGAAAACUAGCGAGACGACGGGAAUUCCAGUCGCGCCAGAGCUUUUACAAAAAGAUGCACAUCGGUCCAGGCGACCGUCCUUCCAGUCCCCGACAAGGGCCAGUCUCGCACGAUCAAAUCCCGAUGUAUUAGAGCGCGCACUCAGCAGGUCCCCCUCUCGACGACCAGUAAGGAGGGAUAGUGAACAGCCAGACGCUCGAAAUAUUGGACUUCGCGAUCGCAAAGCGCUCCGUCCCUCACUCAAUGCCGCAGCCAGCCCUCUCACCCGACCCCGACCUCGAGACCCCGAGGCGCCGGAAAGCUCUCCCAACAGACGUCCAAGUGGCAUCCAAGCGUUCUCAAAACCACCGCGCAGGAUUUCCAAAAGAAUUCUUCCCGGUGAUCUGGUAUUUGGCUCUCCACUGCCACCGUCGAAACCUCCCCAACAAAGCACACCCGAGGGACAAUUGGCACAGGAAUUGGGCAGCGCAAUAGGGGAAGCAGACAUAGGGGCACCAGACAUGGAUAUGGGACCAGAUCCUGGUUUCGAUGAUGAUUCCCUUGAGCCUGACCUUCCGCCAACUCCAACACAACUCGGUCUGGUGAAAGCCCCCGAUCGAAGAUUGUUGAGCAGCAGUCCUAGUAUGCGACAGGAGAAAAGAUCGAAACGACGGACUGCAAAUGCAUUGCCUGAAAGUCCGCUCAAAGCGGUAAACUUCCGAUCCCCUCCAUCGCCGGAUCUACAGGAUCUGGAGACAGCUUCAGAUCUGGGUGGAUCUGCGGCUGUGCAGGAAAAGCGCAGUUUGCGCGAGAAGAGCGCCGCGGAUCUGCGUCGACUAGAAAAGGAAGUCGAAGAACUGGAAACAUGGGCAAAGAAAAUCGAGUCCUCGCCUGAUUUGCGCAGUGACAGCAGAGGACUUGAUAAAUUCCUAUCUCUACUCAUAUCUGAAGAAGCCAACCGAACAACCCUCCCAAUAACCCCCAAAGCGCCUAAAUCAAUAUCAUCCCUCCUCGCAACUUUGCUCCCCUUCUCCGCCAACAUCCCCCGACCAAAACGCCAAACCUCACCACUACCAACAAACCCAUUCGCCCUACACGAAUCCUCCCAAUCACUACCAUAUCUAACAGCAUUCGCACCCUUAAACCUCAAAACCCGCACAACUAGACGCUCACACAGCGAAGGACUCUCAGAAACACACACCCUGACCUUCUCCCCCCAUCUCCAUUCCCAGCAACUCUCUACAACAAAAACCCCCGAACCCCUCCGCCGCUGGAUCGAUACCCGACUGCAGAACCCCCUCCUAAAACUCGACGUGGCCACCCUCUGCUGGGGCAUAAACAGAUACUGGGAAUGUGCCGUUUCUCGUGCUCGCUUGUGGGCAUACAUCGAUCACAAAUAUGGUCCCCGGGCUUCGAAGAGUAGCAAGGAGGAGACUAUUGCGGUUUCUGACUUGCGGCGCUUGGUCCCGCAUCUGGAUCGGAGCGUCAUGGUCAUCAAUGGAUCGUCUGUGUCUGCUCCGAAGGUGUUGUUGUCGAAUUCGUUGGUGUUGGAUGAAUGGACUGGAGAGCCGAGGCUAAGGGCUGAGAUUAGCGUGUCGGUUCCUGGGAUGAGUAGGAAGAUUGAGAUGGAGACGAAGAAGCUGUUUUAUGCGCUGCUAGGGGAGGAUGGGGAGUUGGCUAGGCGUGAUGUUGAGGGGGGUGUGAGAGUUGAUGCGGUGGUUAGGGCUACGGAGGGGGUGCUUGGUGCUUUGUUUGGUGGUGGUUGA